AUCAGCGAAGAGGGACUGUCUGGUUGCGAAGGUAGUGGUCGUGGUUAUUUGCUGCUAGAAGACGCAAGUGCUUCCUCCAGAGCUUCCCCGCGGCUAGGCUUAGUGACAAUUUCUUUUGCUUAUUUAUCAGUCAAGCUCACCGUGGGUGACCCAUUUCUGUUUUUGCAUGAUAAUAUCGCAAACUAGUUUGAAAGGUGAGCCUAAUCUGCUCUGAACAUAAUAGGGACACGAAAUUACAAUGCCAUCCCCAAUGGAGGGAUCUUCCAGAGAAGGUGACCUGUUUACUGUGAAACAUGAGCUGAAAAAUGCCAACCUGACAGGCCACAUUGAGAGGGUGGGCAUCGAAAACUUUGAGCUACUAAAGGUGCUGGGCACCGGAGCGUACGGGAAGGUGUUCCUGGUGAGGAAGGUGAGCGGCCACGAUGCUGGGAAGCUCUACGCCAUGAAGGUGUUGAAGAAGGCCACCAUCGUCCAGAAAGCGAAGACGGCCGAACACACUCGGACGGAGCGGCAGGUGCUGGAGCACAUCCGCCAGUCUCCGUACCUCAUAACGCUUCACUACGCCUUCCAGACCGACACCAAGCUGCACCUCAUUCUCGAUUAUGUAAACGGUGGCGAACUUUUCACGCACUUGGUGCAGAGGGUGCGGUUUAAGGAACAAGAAGUAGCGCUGUACAGCGGGGAAAUCGUCUUGGCACUAGAACAUCUGCAUAAGCUUGGAAUCGUCUAUCGAGACCUAAAACUGGAGAAUAUUCUACUGGACUCAAACGGUCACAUAGUUCUGACAGAUUUCGGCCUGAGUAAAGAAUUUGAUCAGGUUGAGAGGGCUUUCUCCGUUUGUGGCACAGUUGAAUACAUGGCUCCAGAAAUAGUCGAAGGAGGAGAUUCCGGACAUGACAAGGCGGUGGACUGGUGGAGCCUCGGCGUGCUCAUGUACGAGCUCCUGACGGGCGGCUCGCCCUUCACCGUCGACGGAGAUGAGAAUUCCCACUCGGACAUCGCCAAGAGGAUUUGCAAAAAGGAUCCUCCUUUCCCCAAAGACAUGGGACCGCUGGCCAAAGACCUGAUCCAACGACUCCUUGUGAAAGAUCCAAAGAAAAGAUUAGGAUCCGGUCCCAAUGGAGCAGAGAACGUGAAGAAACAUCCGUUUUAUCAGAAAAUCAACUGGGAGGACUUGGCAGCGAAGAAGGUACCUGCGCCGUUCAAGCCGGUGAUUCGGGACGAGCUGGAUGUCAGUAAUUUUGCUGAGGAGUUCACAGAAAUGGACCCCACUUACUCCCCUGCAGCGCUGCCUCAGAACUGUGACCGCAUUUUCCAGGGAUACUCUUUCAUGGCCCCCUCCAUCCUGUUCAAGAGGAAUGUGGUGAUGGACGACCCCAUCCAGCUGUGCGGCGGCUCCGAGAGGCCGGGCUCCGCCGCCGUGGCCCGCAGCGCCAUGAUGAAGGACUCCCCUUUCUACAUGAAUUAUGAGAUGGACCUGCAGGACAGCGCUCUGGGAGAGGGCAGCUUCUCCAUCUGCCGCCGCUGCACUCACAAAAACACCGGACAACAAUACGCAGUCAAGAUAGUCAGCAAACGGAUGGAGGCGCAGACUCAGAGGGAAAUAGCGGCCUUGAAGCUCUGCGACGGCCACCCGAACAUUGUGAAGUUGCAUGAAAUUUACCACGAUCAGCUCCACACAUUCCUGGUUCUGGAACUGCUCGGUGGAGGAGAGCUGCUGGAGAGAAUCCGGAGGAAGCAGCACUUCAGUGAAACAGAGGCCAGCCGCAUCAUGCGCAAACUGGUGUCUGCUGUCAGUCACAUGCAUGACGUAGGAGUGGUGCACAGGGACCUGAAGCCAGAGAACCUGCUCUUCACAGACGAGAGUGAGAACUCUGAGAUAAAAAUCAUAGACUUUGGCUUUGCGCGUCUGAAACCACCAGACAAUCAGCUGCUGAAGACUCCCUGCUUCACCCUGCAGUAUGCUGCCCCAGAGAUCCUCAAAUAUAACGGCUAUGAUGAGUCCUGCGACCUGUGGAGUCUGGGGGUCAUUCUGUACACCAUGCUGUCUGGACAGGUGCCUUUUCAGUGUCAGGAGAAGAGCCUGACACACACCAGCGCUGAGGAGAUCAUGCACAAAAUCAAGCAGGGGGAUUUCUCUUUUGGAGGCGAGGCCUGGAGAAAUGUGUCCCAGCAGGCUAAGGACCUCAUACAAGGCUUUCAACAAAUGCAAACGGGAAGGUUUCCGCCUACAGACGGUGGACAAGGCGCCGCUGGCCAAGAGGAGGAAAAUGAAGAAGACGAGCACCAGCACGGAGACGCGCAGCAGUUCCAGCGAGAGCACCCACUCCUCCUCCUCCUCCUCACAGUCUCAAGAGAAGACGCUAACGGAGGGCGAGCCCAACCCGCCGCCUUCCAACAGCCCCGCCGUCAAAACGCCGGGCACCGAAGAGACGGACUGCAGAGACCAGAACGCACUUUCGGCCUUUCGCUUCUCGGAAGGACAGUGAGGCGGCAGGCGACGCAUCCGGAUGCAGUUUUUGCUUCGACGGACCGUGGAGUCGACUCGGUCGCCGCCUCCAGCUCCAUUGCAUGGACGUCUGCAUGUCACCAGAACCGAGCAUGCAGCAGGAGCAGCAGCUUGCACCGGUCUGGACCAGGCAGAAGUUGUCUUUGUUGUCUUAAGGGCUGCCCCACCGUCCCGGUCCAGGAAGAUGGAAGGGAGAGACGUCUUUACUGUCCUUAUUAAAAAAACGAAACAAACAAAAAUAACCCCAAAACAACGUCGGUCCUCUCCUCGUACUUCGUAUCUGUCCGUGUCUAGGCGUCUUUUUUUUUUUUUUUUUUUAAAGGGAAACCUGUAGUAUUUAAACUGCGGACGCUUUGUAAGGGAGGAGAAGACGCCAAACCAAACCUCGGGUGAAAUCGCGUCCGAGAGGCGGAGCUUUUAUUUAUAUGUGAAUUUUAGACUGUAAUCUAUUUAUCAUAAGCUAUAUUGUUAACUUAUUAAUGGUUCCAAAUGAGCCUGAAUAGAAAUAAUAGAUACAUGCGAGUGUUCAAAAAAAAAAAAAGGAAAAAAAAAGAAGAAUAAACAGAUAUUUUUGUGUAAGUGCGGUUCCUUAUCCGCAGAAAACACGGUGGGUUUUGUAGACAUGACUGCAGUGGCUGGUUAUUAACAGUCAUGUAGACUUUAGUGUCAUGGACGCAAAGAAAAAAAACAAACAACAAAACAGCCGACGGUGUUGAUGAUUGUUAAAUUAAAAAAAAUGUAUGCAUAAAAGAUUAAAGAAGAAAACAUGUGAGCAUUUCAGCCCACUGUGUUUUGUAGUUUCUGCCCAAAACGAAGCGUUUCUUGUGACCCUGAGAGCAGAGCCGAGUUUGGAUGUGGAACUACUUUAAAACUUAAAAUGGCCGCUUCUCUAGCACGGUCCAAUCCUCCGGGUCGGCAGCGGUUAGCGCGGCGUUUAGCGCAGCGGUGGGUUUUCCUUGGGUCGUGCUGCGUCCAAAAAAA